GCCCCAAAUCCAAAUCUCCAUCUGCAGCGCUACCAGUACAUCUACCACCUCCAAAUUGAAACAACACAACAUCCGUCACCCCCAAAUCUCUAUCUGCAGCGCCAAUACAGUGCUACCGCCGGCCGCCCUCCGUCAACCGCCUUCCCCCAUCCGCCAUUUCCGGUUACCAAAGCUUUUGCCGCCGCACGCCAUAGCCUCCCGUCCAGAAGCGGGCGACCGCCGUUUCCCUCCGAUUGCGUUCAACCGCCGCCGCCCGUCGUCGGAUUUCUUUCCGGCCUCUACUACAGCGACGAUUGCCGACGCCAAAACGCCACUCCACCGCUGCAACGAUUCCGGACUAUCAAUUGAUAGAUAUGGAUCGGAAUUGGAUGUAUGAGAAACGCACUACACUCAAAUAUAUACAAGGGGUUCACGAGUUUAUACAAUAUGCUGAAGAAAAUAAAAGAAAAAAUGCGGAAGAUUUUAUAACGUGCCCGUGUUGCGAUUGUAAAAACUUUAGAAGAUAUCGUAAUUCUGAGGAGGUGAAGAUCCAUUUGAUACGUCGUGGCUUUAAAGAAGGGUACAAUCAAUGGAUAUGGCAUGGUGAAAGCUUACCUUCUAGUACAAGUGUUAGUAAGAAUAAAUCUCAUGCAGAUAGUGAAACUCAAUUAGAGAGUGAAACUGAAACAAAUAGUCAAACUCAGACAGAUAAUGAGGAGAAUAAUGAAACUCAUGUUAGCAAUGAUGAGGAUGAUGAUAGGGAUCAAACUAGUGAAACUUCUGGUUCAAACCCUAAAGAAACUUCUCUCGCACCUAAAAGAAGGGGUCCCAAUGCAUGCAAAAACCUUAAUAAGAAAAAGGGAAAAGAAGAAGUUUCAAUUCAAUUUGAUGAAUACAAUAGGCCGGUUGGACUAUAUUGCAAGGAGUUUAAAUCUUACAUUGGUACUUUGGUUCGUUCUAGAGUUGAUAUUAACAUCGACAGUUGGCCCAAUGUAGAACAAACGCUUAAAGAGACAAUUUGGGCAGAUGUUAAGAAACAGUUUUGCAUUGAAGAUGAUACAAAGAAGAAGAUUGUAUUGAAAAUUGCAUCAACGAGAUGGAGAGACUUUAAGAGUAGAUUGAGGCGUGAACAUGUUGUCAAUAAGCACCCAAAUUAUGAAUCUCCUGUACAACUCUAUGAAUACAUGACUAAAGAGCAAUGGGCGAAGUUUGUUGCAAAUUACGAGAGUGAGUCGUUCAAGGAGAAAACUAAGAAGGCAAGGCAAAGGCAGGCAUGCAAUGUGCAUCCGCACUUCCUAGGUUCUGCCGGAUAUGCGGGUAAACGAUCAGAGUGGAUGAUAUCAGACCCUUUAUCUUCACAAUCAUCUUGUGCUUCUGUUAGCUCGUCAUUACUGUCUGAUGAUCGCAGUUUUGACUGGGUACGAGCAAGAGUUAAGAAAUCAGAAGAAGGAAGUUAUUACAUUCCGAAUGAGAAAACACAGGAGGUGUUUCAUAAAAUUGUAGAAAAAUGUGAUGAAGUUAGUGAAGGGACAUUUCAACCGAACAGACAUCAUGACAUAUUGUCAGUAGCUCUUGGUAAAUCAGAGGAGAAACGGGGUUCAGGUACUGUAAGAGGAGUUGGUUCAUACUCCACCAUUCGUCAAGUCUUUGGUCAACCAGAGCAAAAACGGGGCACACCGAGUGAGCUUAUUUCUACUAAUGAUGCCCAAAAGAUGUUGGAAAAGUGCAUGCAAGCCACAUUGUUAGAGGUGCAACCCAAGAUUGAAAUGCUCACCCAACAACUCAAUGUAUUGCUGAAGAACAUGCCAGGCACACACCUAUAUCCACAAGGAGUUUCGGUUGGCACUCCUCAAAGUGAUUGUGCACCUUGUGAUCAACCUCCGACCCAAAGUAGCUGUCAUUCGGUUGAUGUAUAUCCAGUAACCGCAAUUAAGGAAAAUGUUAAAAUAUGCUCACCAAGACAAAACAAACAAAUGAGAGAUCAAAGUGUUGAGCUAUCUGGUACUACUACACGACCCCCCAUUGUUGGUGAAAAUGUCCUUUUGCUUUUGGGGAGAUACUGCAAGAGGCUUGUCAAAGCGUUGACAUCAAUUCCUGUUGAAAAAGAAUUCAUUGAUUUAGAUAUAGAUCAGACAGUCUUCCAUCACACAAAUGUGAAUGGUGUUUUUGUGAUGAUUGAGGAUAUACAAGAUUUGUUGACAAUGAAUUGGCUCGAUGUCUCGAUUAUACAAGUGUUUAUGCUGUUUUUGAAUAAGCUAUGUAAGCAGCUUGGAGUUACAUCCAUCGGAUUUGCGUGUCCAACACAAAUUUCAGCAGAUAUGAUUAACUUAAAUUGUUCUUUAGUUACAUCAUAUCUCAUUCAUGUUAUGGAUGAACACAAAGAUCAGCAAUUCAUAUUGGCGCCGUAUCAUCAAGAUAAUCAUUGGGUAUUGAUCGUGAUUUGCACACCUUCAAAAAAGGUGUAUGUGUUUGAUCCUAUGAAAACUCAACGCACCCUUGAAGUCAAAACUUUUGUGAAUAUGGCAUUUCGAUCUAUUCCCGGACGAGCAACUAGAAAUGUUAAUUGGGUGGAAUGCAAAUGUCCGCAACAACCGAGAGGCGUUGAAUGUGGAUACUAUGUCCUUCGAUAUAUGUUCGACAUAAUUACUAAGUAUUCAAUGGUUGAGUCUUUAUAUGAUGUAUUUGAUGAAACAAUAACCUACUCGAUGAACGAAAUAGAUGAAGUUCGAGAAUUGUGGGCCCAAUACUUUAUAGAAGAAUGCGUGUAACUUUAUUUGAUUUAAACAUUAUCUUUAUUAUUAUUAACUUAUGUUUAUGUUUUGUUAAAGAAUUGUAUCUCUUCAUUAAAUUUUAAAUGUUUUGAUUAUUUUAUAUUGUGGAGAUUUAUUGCGAAUAGAUAGUUUAA